AUGGAAGCCGACGAGGAAGAGCGCGAAGUAGCGACGGCAUCGGCCGCAUUAUUUGGAGUCACAGUACAUAAUGAAUCUGGAUAUAAUGAUGAUGGAAUGGAUGGCUCGGACUUACCACCAUCAUUUGUCAUGCCAUUACUGAAUCGAGAUGACGAAGAAGUAGACGGACAGCAAGUAUCGGAUUUAAUCCAAGUGUCAGAAGUGGAGAAACAGGUUGAAGAAGACGGUGAUAUUCAAAUGAAUAGUGAAGAAAUGAAUCAUCAUAUGAAUAUUCAGAGAAUAUCAAUGGAAACUGAACCAGUAGACAAUGGAAAAGAUGGUGAUAAUGAUAGAGAAGGAGAAGAAGGAAAAGAUGGUACUCAAAUAAAAGAGACAUUAGAUCGACGUGGUUAUCAAUGUCGAUAUGAGAAUUGUCCAAAAUUUGCUCAGGCAGGAGGUUUAUGUAUCGCUCAUGGUGGUGGAUAUCGAUGUCAAACACCAUUUUGUGCAUUCUUUAAUUUACGCACAUGUCCAGAUCACGGAGGCUCGAAACGAUGUGGAGUCACAGGAUGUACGCGUGUAGCACUGGGGACUUCGGCACUUUGCUGUGCACAUGGAGGUGGACGGAAAUGUUCGAUUAAAAAAUGUAACAAGUAUGAUGCUGGACAAGGACUUUGUCUAGCCCAUGGAGGAGGACGAGACUGUAGGAUGAAUGGCUGCACCAAGAAGGCAAUUCGUUAUGGAGUCUGUAGUGGCCAUGGAGGUCGUGCACGUUGCAAAGUAGAAGGGUGUGAGAAAUACGAUCGAGGACAGGGAAAGUGCAAGGCUCAUGGUGGCGGUUAUUUCUGCAAAGUACAGGGAUGUGGCAAAAAGGAUAAAGGGGGUGGGCUGUGUGUUGCCCAUGGCGGUGGUAAGAAAUGCUAUGUGGAGGGAUGCACCACGCCAUGUGUUGAGCACGGUGGAACGGGCAAGCGCUGCUCGCGUCGCGGGUGUGACAAGCAUGACCAAGGCGGUGGGUUUUGUCUUGCACAUGGCGGCGGAUUUACCUGUACAAUCCCGGACUGCACGAAGAAGCAGAUCCGGUUCGGACGGUGCUGCGCGCACGGCGGAAAACCACGAUGUACUGUAGCCGGGUGCGAGCGUCUAGGGCAGGCACGUGGACUUUGCAAGGCCCAUGGCGGUACAAAACCUUGUAGCUUUCCGGAAUGCACACGUAAGGCAAAUAGCGGUGGUCAUUGUAUUCGUCAUGGCGGCGGAGGGCGUUGCAAAAUGGAGGGAUGCGUCAAGACAAAUCGCGGUGGAGGCUACUGCAAAGCCCACGGCGGAGGCAAAAAAUGUACUGUGCCUGGCUGCAACGACUGGGCCAUCGGUGGUGGUCUGUGCCCACAGCACGAAAUCUUUGACGCGGCCGCAGUUGUGUCGGUGUGA